GACGGUGCACACUGUAUAUUGUAUAUAGUUUCGGUGCCAAAGCGGUCCCAUGGCGCGCUCAGUGUUUCAGUUCUCGUCGUAGCGAUGAUGUUGACGCACGUCUCCACGCCCGGCGCCAAACGACACGUACCGACGAUCGCGACAUUACCACUCUCAGAACAAAUAAAUCACGUGCUCUGAACAAAACUGUCUCAGCGAUUACAAGCUCAUGUUAGAUGUACUCCGAUACCUUGUUGAUUAAUUGCCAAAAGUCCGUUCAACUUUGAUGAUUCCUACAGAAAGUUUAUCUCGCCGGGAAUAGUUUCAGAUGCGUCAUGUAAACAGUUUAACAUUGUUGGAGAUAUCCGGAAUUUUUUUGAUGAUUCGAUUAUAAAAAAACUAGAUUAUAUGAACUUUUUAUUACCAAGUGAUUGCAGUGGUGGUGAAUGUGCCGGUAGUUAGGAGGGUCAACAAUGGGCGGUCAGGGGCAGUGGGCAGCGGGGCUGGUAUGGGUUGUGUUGGCGUCGGCACUAGCUGACUCCUGGACAGCCUAUCAAGAACAGCCUUGCUGUCGGCCUGUGACGCACCAUCGUAUCAGACAUCACAGAGAUCACAUAAGAGAAUUCUCGUGUGGGAAUCUUUUUUAUCGUACACUGUACAUGAACGAAGACAGAAACACGCUUUACGUCGGUGCUAUGGAUCGAAUAUUUAAGCUUAAUAUGUCAGAUAUAAGUCAAUCACAUUGUGAGAGAGAUGCACUGCUAUUAGAAGCAAGUAACGUAGCGCGAUGUGUAAGCAAAGGCAAAUCAGAGCCGUUUGAAUGCAGAAACCACAUCCGAGUACUGCAGCCGCUUGGCGAUGGUGAACGCUUGUACGUGUGCGGCACCAACGCACACAGUCCAAAAGACUUCGUGGUUUAUUUGAACCUGACACAUCUACCGAGGCACGAAUACGUGCCAGGAGUGGGCUUGGGGGUUGCCAAGUGCCCCUACGACCCAGCAGACAAUAGCACUGCGGUGUGGGUCACGCAGGGCAAUCCCGGCGGCCUGCCAGCUCUUUACGCGGGCACUAACGCCGAAUUUACUAAAGCGGACCCGGUCAUAUUUAGAAAUGACCUCUUUGAUUUUCGAACAGGUCAAAAGAGGUUCAACUUCAAACGGACUCUCAAGUAUGACUCCAAAUGGCUGGAUAAAACCAAUUUCGUGGGGUCAUUUGAUGUCGGUGAAUACGUUCUUUUCUUUUUUCGUGAAACCGCCGUGGAGUUCAUGAAUUGUGGGAAAGCAGUUUACUCUCGGGUAGCAAGAGUAUGCAAACAUGACACCGGCGGCAAGCACAUUCUAAGCCAAAAUUGGGCUACUUAUUUGAAAGCCAGGCUCAACUGUAGCAUACCAGGAGAAUUUCCAUUCUACUUUGAUGAAAUACAGAGCGUAUAUCAAAUGCCUGGUGACCCCAGUAGAUUCUACGCAGCUUUUACGACCGGCGCCAGUGAUGGCUUAAUCGGAUCUGCAAUUUGUACAUACACCAUGGAAGAUAUUCAAGAAGCUUUUGCCGGCAGGUUCAAAGAGCAAGCGACUUCAAGUUCAGCGUGGCUGCCAGUACUAAGAGCCAGGGUACCCUCCCCGCGACCGGGAACCUGUGUAAACUCUACAGAAGCAUUGCCUGACAACGUUCUUAACUUUAUAAGAUCUCACCCGUUAAUGGAUUCUGCGGUGCGUCAUGAAGGAGAUACUCCAGCGUUUUACAAACGUGACCUGGUCCUCACAACCUUAGUAGUAGACAGACAGUUUGUUGAUAUGCUUGGAGAUGAUAUCACAUAUACAGUGUUCUAUGCUGGCACCAGUCAGGGUGAGGUAUAUAAGAUAGUUCAGUGGACGGGCGGCGGAUCUCGUGUGGCGGAUGUGUGGCGCGCCGCUGGUGACGAGCCCGUCAGAGCUCUAGCGAUCUCAAGACAGCUUCACGAGCUAUACCUAGCCACAGACAAUAGGCUGAGACAACUUCCGCUACGUGCGUGCGCGCACCGUUACGACAGUUGCGUGCGCUGUGUGCUAGACCCCUACUGCGGUUGGGACAAGGAAGUGGGAGCAUGUCGUCCGUACGCCCCCGGGCUACUUCACGACGCCACAAACUCUACACCAUCGAUCUGUGAAGCCAGCGCCCCUCUGAAAACAGUCAGGGCGGGCUACGGUCAGAGUGUACAUCUGGCGGCAUUUGGAAAAACGCCAGAGUCGCUAAAAGAUCAGCACGUUACUUGGUACCACCAUUCUAGGGAGAAGGGUCGUAAUAAAAUCAUUUACAACUGGGAGCGAGUGCUUCAGACGUCAGAGCGCGGUUUAGUGUUACUGUCAGUGUCAGAUUCUGACAGAGGACGUUACGAAUGCUAUUACGGGCCCACACUCAUCGCCUCGUAUAAUUUAGACAUAGAUAUUCACAGAUGUACACAACCUAACAAAUCUCAGGAGUAUAAACAAGUUUACUCGGACUGGUGUCACGAAUUCGAAAAAUAUAAGAGCGCAAUGAAAGCCUGGGAAUCCAGACAACUGCAAUGCUCCAAAAACACGAAUGCAUCGAGCCAGCAAAACAGCAUGAGCAACGAGAUAGUGGCCUCCCUGCGGUGAUAGAGCACAGACACGGCGCGGGCUUCAUUAACAAGUGAUUACACCACGCCAUGCUGAUCCGAUAUUGUGCGAUAACUGACAUAGACUUCAAUUGACCACUCGUUAAAUCAUUUUUAACGCGGUUGUUUGAUAUUUUGCUUAUUAUAAAUAUGUAAACUAUACUCCGUAUAUAUAGUUUGCCUUGUUGUCAAUAAUGUUACAUUUUUUUUCUGUAAAUUGCAAUAAAAAUCAAUAAUGAUUUAAAAUUUAAAUACGUUUGCCAGUUUCUUUAAGUAUCAGUAAAUUAUAGUAACAAUACUGUUUGUGUUGAUUGACAUUGUAAUAAAUGAUUGAACUGGCAUGACUGGUGCCUUUUCCAACUUAUGGCUAAGACGAGGGGAAAUAUAAUUUGGUAAAGGAAUGAUCAGCGAAAAUAGAUAUCUCAGCGUUACGGAGGCUGCGUCCUUGAUGGAUGACCGAUGUUUGUUUGAUUUUGCUUGAAAUUAUUUCAUUUGAUAGCUCGCAUAACAUCGGAUAGCUUAUAUUAAGAGCAUUUAUAGUAAUAUUAUAUAUAUAUCUAUAUAUAAUUGUUUAUAAAAGUGACUGAGAAAUUGAAGGUAGCGUUAUAAGAUUCACUUAAUAAUGUUUUUGUUAUCGAUAUCUGAGUGUUGACCCUAAUGGAGGUUAUGUACAUAAUUCUUAUUGAAGAUUAUCGUGAUAAUUCAUAAAAUACAAAAUGCUGUGAUAUCAGUUUUGCGUUAAUGUUUUCCGCACAGUGAUCUGAGAAUAAUAAAACGUUUUGAUUAUUAUAAAAUUGUUUCUUUAUUAUCCUAAUUUUAAAAUUUAAUGUUCAAUAUGACAAAAACUUUGUAAUGUUAGCCAUAGAUUUUGUUUUCACUCGCGUCCAUAUAAUUAUAAAAAGCAAUACAAACGCCAACCUAGUUUAAAGUUAUAUAUUUACAAUAAAGCUUAUUUAUAUAAAUCCAAGAGUGCUUUGGAGUCAGCAUUUACAUAGUUAUAACUGUGAAGAGUUCCCUGUUCGAUAUUUUAAAAUUUCAAAAUAUUUUUUUUUGUUUUUUUUUUUUUUUAAAUUUAACGUUGAUUUGUUGCCAUGAAAUGUAAUUUUAGGCCCAUUUCGGAGUUUAAACCGAAUUUAAUAGAAGUUGUUCAAAUUGUUUUCCAUAAAUUAUGAAUAGUUAUUCUCGCUAGAAUAGUGCCUUGUGAAGCAUGCUUAUAGAAUGUAAAAAAAAUUAUAAGAUAAUGAGUAUUUUUGUGCAUUAUGUAAGCGCGUAGAUAAGUUUCACUUAGUAAGGAAAUAAAGCAAUAACCUUCCACGGUAUAGAGAAUUGCCAGUAUUAAAUAAUUUGCAAUGAAAAUAUAGUUAAGAUAAAUUGUUGAUAUGCGAAUUUGCUUGAAUAUUGUUAAUAUUGUUAUAAAAAUAGGUAUAAUAUAUAUUUUGUGGAAUAAAAUAGUGUAAAAAGUGAGUAAAAUUGUGAUUUACGCUAUUUCAAGUUGUGUCAUAAAUAUCUAUUAAACUUUUUUUUAAUAAUUAAAACAGCUCGUAUUUAUGUUUCUAUUAAAGAAAGAAGAUGUCAAUACUAAUCUUACAUCAAAAGAAUAUUUGAGAUGGAUUGAAAUUGUAAAAGAAAUUGAAUGAAAAGAAAAGCGCGCACUAGUUUAACAGGAGGGUUAAAAUAUAAAAACAGUUUAAAUGCUACAGGCAUUAUUUUAUUAUAAUUUUUAUUUAUAUUUAAUAUAAAUACUAAUGGUUGGUUAAUGUUGUGACUAGUGUGUGUAAAUAAAGAAUAAUAAGGUCAUAAAAUAUAACUUUUGAUUAUUAUUUUAUUAUAAAAAAAUAUAUUGUAAAUAUUAUAUAUCCUUGUAGACAGUUCCCAUUGUAUAGGUAUGUUUAUUGUAUAAAAAUAUAAUAUGAUUUGAUAAGAUAAUUAAUAAACCAUUGUUUUAUAAAAGGAGCAAAAAAAAAAAAUAAAUAAUAAUAAAUUAUUUUAGAUCA